ACAAACAAAACUGAGCUCUCUCUCUCUCUCUCUCUCUCUCUCUCUCUCUGUUUCUCCAUUCUUCUUCGUAUCUUUUUGGGAUAUUAUGUUUCUAUGUGUUUUGCCAAUAAGCUGAGGCAAUUUCGGAGGGAAUGGUUGGUUCUGUUAGUUUUAACGAAACUGAUGAUUUAUGAUGGUAUAGUUAACAAUGAGCUCCGAGAGCGCAAAUGAGAACUGCCUUGGAUAUGCUGCAAGGGAUCCAUCUGGAGUUCUAUCUGAAUACAAAUUCAGCCGCAGGGCUCUUGGGAUUGAUGACAUUUCCAUAAAAAUUACCCACUGUGGAGUUUGUUAUGCUGAUGUCAUUUGGGCAAGAAACAAACAUGGAGACUCAAAGUAUCCUUUGGUGCCCGGACAUGAGAUUGCAGGUAUUGUGAAAGAGGUAGGUUCCAAUGUUCUUCGCUUCAAAGUUGGGGACCAUAUCGGAGUGGGAACUUAUGUCAACUCAUGCAGAGAUUGUGAGUAUUGUAAUGAGGGAUUUGAAGUCCAUUGUGCGAAGGGUUCAGUCUACACUUUUAAUGGUGUUGACGCGGAUGGUACAAUUACAAAAGGUGGAUACUCCAGUCAUAUAGUUGUCCAUGAAAGGUACUGCUUCAAGAUACCUGACAACUAUCCAUUGGCUUCAGCAGCACCUCUGCUUUGUGCUGGAAUUACUGUUUAUACUCCUAUGAAGCGCCACAAGAUGAAUCAACCUGGUAAAUCUCUAGGAGUGAUUGGUCUUGGUGGUCUCGGUCACAUGGCAGUGAAGUUUGGGAAGGCAUUUGGUUUACAUGUAACAGUUUUCAGCACAAGUGUAUCGAAGAAAGAGGAAGCCCUAAGCCAGCUUGGUGCAGAUAAGUUUGUGGUCUCAUCCGACCAAGAGCAGAUGACGGCCUUGGUGAGGUCAUUGGACUUUCUAAUUGAUACAGCAUCUGGUGAUCAUCCAUUCGAUCCAUAUAUGGCAUUGUUGAAGACUGGUGGAACUCUGGUCUUGGUGGGAUUCCCCAGUGAAGUCAAAUUCAGUCCUGCAAGCCUCAAUCUGGGUAUGAAAACCAUCUCUGGCAGUGUGACAGGCGGAACGAAGGAUACGCAAGAAAUGAUAGAUUUCUGUGCUGCUCAUGAAAUUCACCCAACGAUUGAAAUAAUUCCAAUUCAAUAUGCAACGGAAGCUCUCGAGAGGCUAGUAAAAAAAGAUGUGAAAUACCGGUUUGUAAUUGAUAUUGAAAACUCCCUGAAAUGAGUGCUAACCAUGGUAGUAGAGACAGAGGAAGAAAAGAGUUUACUGGAAGUUUCUAAGUGCAGAUGAGAAAACUGAAUGACGUAUUUCUUACUGAAUCGUUGUACAGUACAGUAUUUAUAUAUACAUCUACUUAGUCUCUUUGCUUAA